UUAGGGCCUUGCGUCGCCGACGUCAUCACCAGGGUUCUUCCGCUACCGGCAGAGUGAACGUGAAGUGGUGAAGUGCUACGAGGGAAAAAGCAGAAGUAGCAUCUACAGCUAAACACACAGACCUGUAUUGCGUACGGAACCAGAACCGAAACAAACCCAACUCGCCGUAUUCGAGAACCGUGACAGAUAAUCGAAUCCAGGAGCAUGGCUGUAAACGUUUAUGCCACCUCGGUGACGAGUGAGAACUUGAGCCGCCAUGACAUGCUGGUCUGGAUAAACGAGUCUCUGCAGAUGAACCUCACCAAGAUCGAGAUGCUGUGCACAGGUGCUGCGUACUGCCAGUUCAUGGACAUGCUGUUCCCCAACUCAAUUCCUCUGAAGAAAGUCAAGUUUGGAGCCAAGCUGGAGCACGAGUACAUCCACAACUUCAAACUCCUGCAAGUUGGAUUCAAAAAGAUGGGUGUCGACAAAAUCAUCCCUGUGGACAAACUGGUGAAGGGGAAGUUCCAGGACAACUUUGAGUUCGUCCAGUGGUUCAAGAAGUUCUUCGAUGCCAACUAUGACGGGAAGGAGUACGACCCAGUGGGGGCCAGGCAGGGCCAGGACGCCAUGCCCGCACUCAAUGCCACCUCCUCCGCUCUCAACAAACCCCCCAAAAAGGCCCUCAGCCAAGCUCCUCAGAGGCCUCCUGUUGCAAAGGUGGCUCCAAAGGUGGCCCCCGUCAGUGCGAGGAAACCGGGCAUGGGUGGGGGUGAUGAGGAGAGGGCGGAGCUCCUUAAUGAGCUCGAGAUCCUCAAAUCAACCAUUCAGGACAUGGAAAAGGAAAGAGACUUUUACUUUGGAAAGUUGAGAAAUAUUGAGCUGAUCUGCCAGGAGAAGGAAGGAGAAGGCGAUCCCACCCUGCAGCGGAUCAUAGACAUCCUCUACGCCACAGACGAGGGUUUUGUGAUUCCAGAUGCCGAGGAGCAGGAGGAGUUUUAACUGAAGACUGCAAGCAACCGACGUUCUCACCUGCGACCCACUUAGAGACCCUCCCCAAGCAAAGACUGGUUUUCUGUUCAGCACCGAUCCGGUGCCCCCCGCCCUCAAAGACUCGUUCUGGCAACCCCGCCCCCCUUAAUCUCCGGUCUGACCCCGACGGCCUCUUUGAUCCGAUCACCCCUCGUCGUCCUUCAGGCUCUGCAGCCGUUUUGUGCCUUUUCUUUCAACUUUUAUCGAUCGCAUUUCAGAACGGUGCGCUCUUCCAGAAGAACCACAAACUUCUGCGGAGAAGACAUUUGAAGGGGUACGCUGAGAAACACUGCCAACACGAAAGGCUGGAUUGGAUGUAAGGAAGCGUGGAGAUGGUUGCACUGACGGGUGAUUAAAUUAAGAGUUUAUGAAUCUGAAAGUGUUCAAAAAUGAAGAUUGUAUAAAAAGUGGUGAUGAAGGUGCAGGAGAAGAGCUCAAAAACUCCUGUGCCCCUAAGGUUUGGGUUAUAGACCCCUCAGUGCUCCCGUCUGUCAGACUCCUCCUCCUCACGGAUGUUGGUUCUCAAAUGUUUGAGUGAAGCCGCCUUAUUUUUUAUGAUACACUGGUGUUUGUCUCAUUCCGAAACAACCAUCUCCUCCGCUUCCUUCCUUCUUUCUAUUAUUUGAAUGUUUCCAAAUCGGAUCAUUUGAAGGUAUCAGGGAGGACUUCCUGUUCGUUUCUUAUGCCUUGACUUCCACGUGCAGAAGUCUUCUCUCCUCUGUUGAGACAUUUCCACGAGUCUUCAAAGGAAGAAGCCUUUGGUGAAGACUGCCUCAGUCUUUUCUCGUUCUUGAUGGUUGCCUUCUUUAGGGUUUUUUAUUUUGUUUUUCUUUUCAAGAAUGUAUGCAAUUCAAAUCUGGAGCUUUAAUCUGUGGGCGUUUGCUCCUCUCUGCAGAGCUGCUCGGGUCUCCUGCUGACAGGAGAAGACGGCAGCACAUCGCCAAACCUUCCUUUCUUUGUUCCUUACCUUGACAACACUGUGGCCCGUUUCUAAAUCUUCUACAGUCCUUUGUAACGCUCUCUCUGGAGCCGUUUGACCAGAACUUUGAGAUCUUUGAAUACUUCACUUCUGCAGCUCUUUUGUGCUGCUUUUUAUUGUAUUUUUCAUCGUUCAAACGAUAUGAAACACAGACUUUGUCUCCAUUUAGCUCCUGCUGAAAUGAACAGUAACCCCUCAUCCCACAUCUGUUAUGAACGUUUGUCGUUGUAGUGUAUAAUCGGAGCGGAGCGGCUUCUGUGGAGAGCGACGUCUGCGUGGCUUGGUAGAGGCUGCCGUCGGCGGCGUGCUGCUGUUCUAGUCGACUGAUCUCCAGUUGAGUUAGGUAAAUUCAGACGCUCCGGCGCAGGAUGUCUCAGAUCCAGUGCAACAGUCCCACUUCCAGAGAAACGGCUUCAAAUGACUGCUUUCUCCCACGAGCCGACGACCUUUAUUUGAUGUUUGUUGCUGUGCUUGACUCGGUUUUCCUAAAACCUUUUGUACGGACAUUAAAACAGUAUUUGUUAGUCAA